CCAGACAGCAGGGCAGUCCCUCUAAUAACGUGACCACAAUAUCCAUUUAUUACAUUAGGAAAAUAGUAACCUAUUCAAUUGACGUUGCACUUCAUUGUACAAAUUAUUUCAAUACUAUAACAUUUGAACAUGAACCACAUUUUAUCAAAAGGUUUUCCAUCUUGUUUGCCACAGAUUGCCACAAUACCAGGCGUGACAUAAAAAAAAAAAAAAAAAAAUUCGCCCACUGACCAUAACUCCUGUUAAGUGGGAAGGUAAUAUGUCUUAUAUAGUGUCUUUGUGCUACCCAGGCCAACAACUAGUGGGUAAACAAGUUGGAACUGUAGGGCGUGUGACUCACUGAUCCAAUGAACGCGAGCAGUCCUACCACAUGGUUUGGUUGUUUACUACAGCAGCAGAACUCGCUUUCUAAGGCGCGCUCUAAAUCCUGGGCUGGAGUGAGUGUUCCAUUCUUUCUUACUUCGACACGUAAAUGUGUCGUUUUGAGCCCUGUCGUUCCACGGGACGUCCUCACAUAAUCGCGGGACUUCAUACUGCUUUCACCUAAAGACAGCUUUGGAAUUAUUAUACUGCAUCACUUCGAGUGCAAAAUGUUUUGUCGUAAACAUGCGAGCAGAAGGCGAAUCCGUUUUGAAAUCCGGUGCAGGCUUUCGAAUGGUCUCCACAUAACAUCCCUUUCUAGGCACUGAAAAGAGCAUUUUCAAGUUACAGCCGGUCAGAGCAAGCUUUGCAGAAGGGGGUGUGUUGGAAACUGGCAGAGCUUUCUCCCGCGCACGCUCGUGUGUUGUGUGUGUGUGUGUGUGUAUCCGUCCUGUGAGAAGCGAAGCGGGAGCUCCCGCGGGACCUGACUGGAGGAGCUGCCGAAGUCGAACGCCGCAAGCGAGGCUUCCUGCAGAAAGCAAACAUGCUGCCCAAGAGCAGGCUGGGAAAACGCUCCACCAUGGGCGCGCUGGUGUGCGGCUCCUGCCACCUCGCCGAUGGCCACCAGGAGGCGCCGCCGCAGGGCGAGGCUGAGGCCAGCGCCGGGUGUCUGGGGGCGGAACACGGACCUCAAGGAGUCAUCAGGCUCAAGCUGCAUCCUGGGCAGAAGGUGUAUGCUUACUGCGGAGGCCAGGAGUGCUGUGGUGUGGUGGAACAACACAACCAUUUGGACAACCAGGUGUCCAUCUUCCUUCCCCAGCUGAACCAGCACAUCGUCCGCAAGCAGGAGGACAUCUGGACCCCCGCUAACCCUCCGUUCUCUGCCCAUUCGCCUUGCUCCGUCUCCUCCUGCAUCGAUGUACCAAGAAGCUACAGGAGCCCCGUGUCGGUGGACAUGGAUGAGAUGAUGGCCGCCAUGGUUCUGACCAGCCUGUCCUGCAGUCCGCUGGUCCAGAGCCCGUCUCAGGCAGAACCAGUGGCGUGUCCAGCCGCCGGUGGGAUGGAAUGUGGCGGAGGCGAGCUGUCGGACAGCGGCAGCAGCGGUUACUGGAGCUCUGACCAUUGCAGCACAAGCCCCGCCCCGUCUCCAACCAUCGAAGAGACGGACAGAGGUGUGGCCCCGCCCACUGACGAGGGAUUGGACAUGGAACUGGAGCACGUCCUGUUUGACGAGCCAACGCCACGGAAACGAAAGAACUCCGUGAAGGUUGCCUACCGGUGUCUUUGGCGCAACUGUGGCAAGGUGCUGACCUCCGUGGUGGGCAUCAAGCGGCACAUUCGCACGCUGCACUUGGGGCUUAACACUGAGCCGAAGAACUCCGAGAGGGAGGAGGACUUCUACUAUACUGAGAUCUACCAGGACCUUGACCAGAUCACGGCUGGCAGUGGGGUCCCCACCGCCCCCGCCAGGCCCCCCUGCGCCUCCCCCUCCAGGCCCACCUGGAUCUCCCCCUCCAGCCCGGCCCAGCCCACUCCUCCCUCUCCCCCAACACACCCCAGCCCCCUGAGCCGGUCCGCGCCGUCAGAGAGCUUCUGGCUGGUCCACUGUGAGCACUCCUAUCAGGCCCCCGUGCCUCCCUCCACUCAGGUGGUGACUCCGGCCCCCCCCAUCUCCUCCCCCUCCUGUCGUUGGACUCCGCCUCUGACCGUCGCCCAAAACAAGCAGGUGGCGCCAUUUCGCAACCGGUCUGUGAGUGUGGGUGAGCAGUGGCUCCAGAGCCAGAAUGCCUCCAGCAGGUCCAUCCCUGCCAGUGACUCACCUCCCAGAAGCCACUGCAAUACCAGAAAGAUCCGCGGGGAGGCCAAGAAGUGCCGGAAAGUUUAUGGCAUCGAGCACCGGGACCAGUGGUGCACGGCCUGCCGCUGGAAGAAAGCGUGCCAGCGGUUUGUGGACUGAGAGGAGCGAGAGAGGAAGGAGGAGAACAGAGAAAGAGAAAGAGAGAGAGAGAGAGGGUGGGGAGGGGGGGCUUUUUCUACUCAGACUGAAGAGACACCUCUUCCAAAGACAGAAGGGGACAGGCUUACCACAAAACCAGAGAAGCACCUUUUUUUUUCUUUUUUGUACUCUUGACUUGAAAAUGUUUAUUUCGUUGUUUUGUAGCUGUUGUUGUUGUUCUUUUCUACUUGCAUGCUUCAUGUGUUUCAAGUUUAUAACUGUAAUUGUACUUUGUUACAGCAUGAUUUAAUAUUUUUGGUGCUGAAGAUCUUUGGGGUGGGGGGGGGUUAAAGAGAUACUACACUGCCAUCCCCCUUAAUCCUUCCUGUCCAAGACGAGACACUCAUGUGAUCCACCUCUGAUCCUUCCUGUCCAAGAGGAGACACUCCUGUUGUCCCCCUUAAUCCUUCCUAUCCAAGGCGAGACACUCAUGUUGUCCACACCUCUGAUCCUUCCUGUCCAAGACGAGACACUCAUGUUGUCCACACCUCUGAUCCUUCCUGUCCAAGACGAGACACUCAUGUUGUCCCCACCUCUGAUCCUUCCUGUCCAAGAUGAGACACUCAUGUUGUCCACACCUCUGAUCCUUCCUGUCCAAGACGAGACACUCAUGUCAUGAUCCUUCCUGUCCAAGAGGAGACACUCAUGUUGUCUUACUCUGAUCCUUCUAGUCCAAGAGGAGACACUUAAUCUUGUCAACCUCUGCCAGUCUUCCUUCCUCCUUACUGGAGCAUGAGCACACUGUGCCGUGGACCUUGUGCGACAGGCCUAGAGCCACUGACACACUAACCAUGGUAACCAUGGGGAUUUCCCCUGUGAGGUCAUAGGAAAGGCCAUCUCCACAUCACACAGUUCCUAAGGAUCGACUUGUGACUAUGGGCAGCCUAAAAAAUAUAGCCACCUACGAAAAAAGGGGCUAUGGUUUUACCUGGGUCACCCUGCUCUCCCUUAAGCUGUGUGUGUGUGUGUGUGUGUGUGAGUGUGUGUGUGUGUUUGGGUGGGUGUGUGUGUGUGUGUGUGUGUGUUCGGGUGGGGAGGAGGAUGGUAGUUUCUGGCUGCAGUAAGACAGCAGUGUGGUGCAGGCGUAAGACAGGGCUGCAGUAAGACAGAUAGGCGUAAGACAGGGCUGCAGUAAGACAGAUAGGCGUAAGACAGGGCUGCAGUAAGACAGAUAGGCGUAAGACAGGGCUGCAGUAAGACAGAUAGGCGUAAGACAGGGCUGCAGUAAGACAGAUAGGCGUGAGACAGGGCUGCAGUAAGACAGGGCUGCAGUAAGACAGGGCUGCAGUAAGACAACAGGCGUAAGACAGGGCUGCAGUAAGACAGGGCUGCAGUAAGACAGGGCUGCAGUAAGACAGGGCUGCAGUAAGACAACAGGCGUAAGACAGGGCUGCAGUAAGACAGGGCUGCAGUAAGACAGAUAGAUGUGAGACAGGGCUGCAGUAAGACAGGGCUGCAGUAAGACAGAUAGAUGUGAGACAGGGCUGCAGUAAGACAGGGCUGCAGUAAGACAGAUAGAUGUGAGACAGGGCUGCAGUAAGACAGGGCUGCAGUAAGACAGGGCUGCAGUAAGACACCAGUGUGGUGCAGGCGUGAGACAGAGCUGCAGUAAAGGAAGUGGAGGAGUUUAAAAACAAAAACAAACGAAACAAAACAAAAAAACAUGACGGCAGCUUUUGAGAAUAGCAGUUUGUGGCCCAGCGCUGGCUCGGACGGUCCGCUGGGUCCACUGGUGUACGAGCCAUCCAGAUCUGUGGCCCAGCGCUGGCUUGGACGGUCCGCUGGGUCCACUGGUGUACGAGCCAUCCAGAUCUGUGGCGGUGCUCCACGGGCUUCCAUCACUUUUUCCUUUUCUCUUCAAAAAGAGACGUUUUAUGUAAUAAUAAGAUUGGUUUAUGUUGUUGUUGUUUUCUCUGUAACUAGUAUUUCUUCUGCUGUUAUGUCCUAAUCAUUGUGCUCCUAUAUUGAUUGCCAUGGGUUGUCUGUGAGACAAAAAGAUGUAAAGAUUAGAUCUCUCUCAUCACGUAUGGAUGUAAAGAUUAGAUCUCUCUCAUCACGUAUGGUUCUGGUAGAGCAACAGGCCACGUUGACAUUGUAAUUUGACUCCUUCUAUUCCUUCGCCACCCUAUGAGCCAACGUGUGCAUUUGGUGUGGCUCCUUGUUUUGCUAUGCUAUGGUGCUGUUGCACUGUAAGGCCACUCUUGUGGAGCUUUUUUGAUAUACUUGUCUUGUAAUUAAACGGAAGGAUGAUCAUAUGUGUGAACGGGAGACCUCAACCUCCCUCAACAUUUCGUCAAAAGGUCCCAAGGAACAAGACUGACUUUUAAAGAUCUUCUUGUACCACAGACGACAUGAAUGUCUUAUUGAGUGUAUUGUGCGUAAAUCGGAUACCUGUUAAUGAAAAGGUUUGUGUUUACACUCUCUACUUAAGUACCGAACCUCUUAUUCCCUCUCUCAACUAACUGCCCAUGCAAACGAGACCUAACGUCCACGAGUAUCGUGUGUUUAUGUAUGUUCUAUAACGCAUAAAAGAAGAAAAGGAACUCCUGAUCAUGAACUUCUUUGUGUAAUCUGAAACAUUUUUGUAAUUUUUAAGUUUUAUUACAUUUUAUAAAAAUAUAUAUAAAAUCAA